CGUACGCCAGUACCUAUUUCAUUGUUCAACCGUCUUCUAAACCUGACACUUCGAGUGCAAAAAACACAAACGAUGCUCCACCAAGAGAUAAUCAAAGAUCUGAAAAUCUUCGUCGAUAAAAUAAUGAAAGAUGAAGGUAUCUCCCAAUACGAAUACCACAUAGAAGGCCAGACAGAAAACGGCGUAAACUACGGUGGAGAAAUAGUUUUCUUCAGUGUGACUCCGAAAACUGGAGAAAAAAAAUAUGAUCUCGUGAUGAAAACCUCUAGAAGAUCCGAGGAUAUGAGGAAAGCCUUAGGAGAUGGCGUCUUGGACAUAAGAGAGACGCAUGUGUAUUCCAAAGUGUUUCCAGCUCUACGCCAACUACUCACAGAGUCAAAUUCAGAAUAUAAGCUGGAAAACGUAGCUAAAACAUACCUGAUCAACACGGAGUACCAACAUGAAACGAUGAUAAUGGGAGAUUUGAGAAAGGAAGGUUACAGGCUCUGGAACAAGAGGAAACCAAUGAACUUGGAGCAUAUCAAAACAGUUUUGAGCUACUACGGUAAAUAUCACGCUUCAACCAUGGCUUUGCGUGUAAGGAAACCAGGGAUUUUCCAAGAGUUAACCAGGGACAUGGAGAGCAUAUAUAAACAUUACUUAAAUGACGAUCAAGUGAGGGAUUUAUUCAGGCAUUAUACGGAAGAUGCUAUAAAGGUUCUAAAGGAGUUUGGACUGGAUAAUAUAGUUGAAAAAUUGAAAGAUUUACCUGGAAAUACUCUGGAAACGCUUUCUCAGACUGUUGAGGUUGAAGACAGGGUUGUAAUUACACAUGGUGAUUGUUGGAUUAAUAACUUGAUGUUCAAAUAUCAGACACCAGAAAGCCUUGAACCCCUAGGAGUAUGCUUCUUGGACUUUCAACUCUCUGCCCUGGGUUCCCCAGCUUCAGAUUUAAGCUACUACCUAUACACCUCAUGCGACGAAGAUACCAUAACCAACCAAUUCGAUGAAUUACUCCGGUACUAUUUCGAAUCUCUAGCGUCAACAUUGAGAAACCUGAGUCUAGAACCAGACCAAAUUUUCACCUUCCAGAUGUUGAGAGAACAUUGGAAAAAAUACGCAGUUAUAGGACUGAUCAUGUCUUCCGUAGUCAUCAAAAUACAGUUGACGAACAAGGAAGAAGCUCCCAGUUUUUCCGGUGGUGGAAAUGCACCAGACCUGCUCACUUCAUUGAAAAUUGGGGACAUUGAGGAUAAUGACGUUUACAAAAGUAGGAUUGUUGCAGUGUACAAAAAUUACGCCAAAACUUGUUUGUGAUCAAUUCAUAUGUUCAAUUGUGAGAGGAGCUCGAAAUAAAUGUCUAAGGAUCAUUUUUUGCUUUGAAAUAUAUUUAAUCAUAAAAAUA